UCUCCAACGAGUCAACGAGUCUCCGCUCAAUCCCCCGCCACACCAUCAAAAUGAAGUUCGUCCUUGUCCUCAUUGCCCUGUUCGCCCUGGCCGCUGCCCGUUCCAAUCAGGAUGCGGAAACCCUCCGUUACGAUUCGGACGUUCAGCCUGAGAGCUACCAAUACAACGUGCAGACGAGUGAUGGCAAGUCGGUUUCGGAAGAGGGACAUUUGGAAAAUGUGGGCACUGAAGAAGAGGCCAUCGUCGUGAGGGGCUCCUUUUCCUACGUUGGCGAUGAUGGACAGACCUACACCAUCAACUACAUUGCCGACAAGAACGGCUACCAGCCCCAGGGCGCUCAUAUUCCUGUUGCCUAAGUUCAAGUCAAAUUAAAAUAAAUCAGUUUAU